GUAUGGUCUAAUCUCGUCUAACACAGUCUAAUUCCAGGCACCAACAAGCUGGUAAAGUCCUCGGAGCUUCUCGAAAUCCAACGAGGAAAGUCCGACGCAGCAAAUGGCAAGCGAGAGGCGACACCUUACCUGGAAAUUCUCACAACUCCAUCUGUCUGGGGUAUAUGGAUUGGUGCUCUGGGAGAUCUUAUAGCCGUCCAACUGAUUCACAUCUACUCACCUGUCUAUUUACACGAUAUUGGAGGCUAUUCAGUGGAGAAGACCGGCUUUGCAGCGGCCGUACCGGUGCUGUUUCAGUUUUUCAUGAAGCUUUUUGCAGGUGG